AUGAAGAUCCUCGAGUCACAGAAUGCCCUUCUCUCCAACUAUGAGGUCUAUCAGCACAUAGUCGACCUGCGCAAGCGUAACAAGACCCAGAACCGUCGGGUCCCAGGCAAUGCCCACCACAUCAUGACCGAGGUCAUCAGUUACCUCCGCACGCAGCCCAGCCCGCUGGCGAAGCAGGACGAGACGCAGGCGUACUCGGCCGAGGCCAUCUCGCGGCUGCUAGAGCGGCUGCGCGAGGCCAACCUGCCGAGCGAGCUGACCAAGGGCGAGGUGCUGUCGAUAUUGAACCUGCGUCCGACCAACAGCGCCGUGUUGAGCACUGCUAUCGAGGACAUGGAGGAGCGUUUCACCGAGGACGAGCAAAACCGCAUCGUCGAUAUCAUCGUUGAGGUGCUGGGCCGUGAUGAUCCCGAGGGCCAGGAGGAGGGAGCAGACGGCGAGGGCGAGGCUAUGGAGGAGGAUGUUGUGCCAUCGAUUGAGAACGGCCAUUGA